GAUCUGUGGACUCACGCAGCAGCAUCAUGGGGACUAUAGGGGACAGACAACCACAUAUGCUGACAUGCCUGGCAAUUCUGAUCACACUAGCCGCAACACAAACAGUGAUUCCAACAUCGGUUUCUGUCUUCCCCACAACAACUUUGAUGACCCAAUUGUCAGGGGUGAACUCUUCUUACCUGGACAUGGUUUGCAGUACAUGGGGCAACUACCACUUCAAGACCUUUGACGGGGACAUGUUCCAACUGCCCUCCACCUGCAACCACAUCCUGACGUCUCACUGCCGCAGCAGCAGCAACUAUGAGGACUUUAACAUCCAGAUGAGGAGACAGGUGGUGAACAACAUAACCACCAUCAGCAAGAUCACCAUGAUGCUGGAUGGCACCACAGUGGAGAUCUCUAAGGACUCCGUCCUGGUCAACGGCAAGACGGUGGUUGUGCCAUAUGUGUACUCUGGAGUGUCAAUCAAAAAUACAAGCUCCAUCACAGUCCAGUCCAAACUGGGGUUGUUGCUCAUCUGGAACUUGGAAGACUCACUACGGAUCGAAAUGAACCCGAAAUUCCACAAUCAGACAUGUGGGCUCUGUGGCGAUUUCAAUGGAGUUGAGACAUAUGACGAGUUCAUCAAGAAUGGUGUGAAGCAAUCAGUGUCGUCCUACGGAGAGCAGUGGAAGCUAGACGAUCCCUUGGAAACGUGUUAUGAACCUGUACUCAAUGCUGAAGAGAGCUGUGGAGAUAUGGCCUUUUGUGAGACGCUUUUCAAGACCCCAGUGUUUGCAGACUGUGCCAACCGCUUGGACUUUGAAUCCUUUGUCAAAGCUUGCAUGGCAGACAUGUGCCACUGUGACAACAACACCUCCUUCUGCCUAUGUGACACCCUUUCGGAGUUUUCCCGCGAGUGUGUCCAUGCAGGGGGCUCACCCAUGCAGUGGAGAACAGAGCAGUUCUGUGGAAAGACAUGUCCCUACAACAUGGUGUACCAGGAGUGUGGCAGCCCCUGUGCUGAUUCCUGCUCCAACCCCCAGAGCAGUCAGCUCUGUAACAGUCACUGCACCGACGGCUGCUUCUGCCCUCCAGGUUCUGUCUUUGAUGACGUUAAUAAGACAGGCUGUAUCCCAGUACUCGAGUGUCCUUGCUUGCACAAUGGACAAACAUACGGCACAGGAGAAUCCUACUCAACCAAAUGUAAAGACUGCAUGUGUUCCGGUGGUCAGUGGAGCUGCCAGCAGAAGGACUGUCCAGGGACGUGCUCUGUGGAGGGAGGGUCUCACAUCAACACCUUCGAUGGGAAACUCUACAACUUCCAUGGAGCCUGCUCUUACGUGCUGGCUAAGGAAUGUAAUGGGUCCCAGUUCAGAGUGCAGGGAGAUCUGGUGAAGUGUGGCUUGUCAGACACAGAGACCUGCCUCAGAUCCAUCACCCUGGUUCUGGGUAGCCCACCCACAGUGAUCAAAGUCCAGUCCAGUGGGAAUGUCUUAGCCAAUCAGAUUCUCACGCAACUUCCUCUUUACACCGCGGAUGUGAGCAUCUUCCAGCCCUCCUCCUUCUUCAUCUUCAUCCAGACCUCCGUGGGUCUGCAGCUGGAGGUGCAGCUCGUACCCAACAUGCAGCUCUACAUCACCGCCAGCUCCGCCCUCAAGGGCUCGACAUGCGGUCUGUGUGGGAACUUCAAUGACAUCCUUGCUGAUGACUUCAAGGUGAUGAGUGGACUAGUGGAAGCCACCCCUGUGGCCUUUGCUAACACGUGGAAGACCAUGGCCAGCUGUCCUGAUGUCAGUACCUCCUUCUCAAAUCCCUGUAGUCUCGGAGUGGAAAACGAGAGAUAUGCCACGUUCUGGUGCACCAAGCUGACAGAUCCACAAGGGGCGUUCUCCUCCUGCCACUCAGUGAUCAACCCAGAGACCUACAAAGAUAACUGCAUGUAUGACAGCUGUAACUGUGAGAAGAGUGAGGACUGCAUGUGUACUGCUGUCUCUUCCUACGUCCACGCCUGUGCUGCUGCGGGGAUCAUGCUCGACGGCUGGAGGGACGGCAUCUGCACCAAGUACAACUCGUCCUGCGCCCCUGGGACGGUCUACAGCUACAACAUGGUCAGCUGUGGGCGGACCUGCCGCUCUCUCAGCCAGACUGACCGCAGUUGCGGCCAGGAAUUCACCUCUGUGGACGGCUGUGGCUGCCUCCAGGGCACCUACCUGAACCAGGCGGGCCAGUGCGUGGAGGCCAGCAGCUGCCCCUGCUACGACAAGGACACCAUCAUCCCAGCGGGGGAGAGCACCAGCAAGGAUGGAGCCAGCUGUGUUUGUAAAGACGGAACGCUGAGCUGCGGAGGGCAACUGGAAGCGCUAACAGGCUGCAUUGCUCCCAUGGUUUACUUCAACUGUUCCAAUGAACCACUCGGAGCCCCAGGGAUUGAGUGUGAGAAGAGCUGUGAGACCUUGGACAUGUUCUGUAUCAGUACAGAUUGCACAUCAGGCUGUAUGUGUCCCACGGGCCUGGUGGCUGAUGGGAAAGGUGGCUGCAUCCUGGAAGACAACUGUCCCUGUGUCCACAAUGGAGCUAUAUACCAGCCUGGUCAAACCCUCAAAGAAAAGUGUAACACCUGCACGUGCAAGGCCAGGAAAUGGGAGUGCACCACAAAGGAGUGCGAUGAAGUAUGUUCCAUGUACGGCGAUGGAAAUUAUAUAAGCUUUGACAAUGUACGGUACACCUUCAAUGGAGGAUGUGAAUACACUCUGCUACAGAACUCCUGCAGUGGCAAUCUCACCUCAAACAGCUUCAGAAUUAACACCGAAAAUGUGCCCUGUGGUACCACAGGGACCACCUGCUCUAAAAACAUCAAGCUCUAUAUGGGGGCUAAUGAACUGCUGCUGACCGACAAUGGGUACCAAGUCAUUCGAGAAAAUGGAGGAUCAUUUCCCCAGCAAAUAAGUAAGAUGGGAAUAUAUUUGGUCAUUGAGGUGCAGCCUGGACUCAUCCUGAUGUGGGACACAAAGACAAGCUUGUUCAUCAAGAUGAGCCCAGCGUUUCAGGGACAGGUCUGCGGUCUGUGUGGUAACUAUGAUGGCAACGGACAGAACGACUUUACCACUAGAAAUCAAGAGACAGUGGUGGACCCACUGGACUUUGGAAACAGCUGGAAGAACAACCCCACCUGCCCUAACACUGUGGCCAGCAAACCGGCCUGUACCACCAACCCCUACAGACAAGCUUGGUCUUUAAAGAAGUGCAGUAUCCUCCAGAGUCAAGUCUUCCAAGCAUGUCACUCUCAGGUGGAUCCAACUCCAUAUUAUGAAGCUUGCGUGCGAGACUCGUGUGCUUGUGACAGCGGAGGAGACUGUGAAUGUUUCUGUACCGCUGUGGCUGCUUAUGCUGAGGCCUGCAACGAAGCUGGAGCAUGUGUGUCCUGGAGAACACCACAGAUAUGCCCCUUGUUUUGUGACUAUUACAACUCUCCUGAUGGAUGUGAGUGGCACUACAAGCCAUGUGGAGCUCCAUGUAUGAAGACCUGCAGGAACCCCUCUGGGACAUGCUCUAGCCUCAUCCCUGCUCUGGAGGGUUGCUAUCCCAGUUGCCCACCUUCCAAAGCCUACUUCAACCAGGAUAGUAUGACAUGUGUGCCUCUUGACCAGUGUGGCUGUUAUGACUACCAGGGAAACCAUUACAGCAACGGAGCCCGAGUUCCAACUUUAGAAAGAAACUGUUACACUUGCUACUGUACGAUGAGUGGAGUAAGCUGCAGCUACGAUGUUAAAGCUUGUACAUGUCUGUACAAUGGUAAAACUUACCCAUAUGGAUCGACAAUCUACAAUACCACGGAUGGCAUUGGGAACUGCAUCGAAGCUGUUUGUGGAGUCAAUGGGGAAAUUACAAGGAAUUUGUACCCUUGUCAGACAACAACUGCACCACCAACGUCAACCACUCCAGUGACCAUAACCACUGCCAGCUCCACAGUGUCCACUACCUUGAGACCCACAACUGUCUUUACAUUCUCAACACCUGAGAUUACAUCAUCAAAGGUCACUUGGUCUACAACCAAACCUACCAUAACGACAGUUAAACUGACCACUGAGUCAACACUUGCGAGUACCUUACCAUCGCACACAACUAGUGAACAAUCCACUACAACUGAGCAGGUAACAGUUGAGACUACAGUGCCAAAGUCAACUCCGCCCACUACAUCUACAGGCGAAACAACAACCACAAAAGCUGAGACUACAAAUAAGGCUGAAACCACAACUGAGGCUAUUGUAUCGACAUCCACAGUGCCUCCUAAACUGGAGACCACAGGCCCUACA